AUUGUGGUUAAUAUAGCCUUAGGCAUUCAUAAAACUUUUGAAACUGCAUCGUUUGUUCUUCCUUUCUCAAGUUGUCGCCGUCGAACUCUCUAGCCUUCGUAUUGUCGCCAUCAGCCAUCAGCCAUCAGCCAUCAGCAAUCAGCUCCUUCUGUGCUUAUUGAUCAUGGAUAAAAGCCGGAUGCAUGAACCAAAAUUCUCUAAAAGAUAUGUUGAGGGUGUCCAAUCCUUCAUGUAACUUGUUCGUUAUCACUUUUGAUAGAAAUUCCUAAGUUCGAUGCCCAUGUCAAGGUUGUUUGAUGUUUUUGUUCAAACACAAGAAGUAGUGUAUGACCACCUAUCGAUCCAAGGAAUUAUGGGAAGUUACGUGCAAUGGAUAUACCUCGUGGAACAAUCACAAAUGACAGAUAACAAUGAAUCAAUUUUUUCUGAAGAUGAAAAUGAAGAACAUGAUAACCAUGAUGGAAUUCACACUAUGUUAGAAAAGACCAGUGGUAGAUCAUUUGUCGAUUUUUCAUAGGAGACGACUGGUAAUAAUGUUUGCGGUGAUAUCAGUGAGAAAGAAGCUAAGAAGUUUGACAAAUUGCUGGAAGAAGCAGGACGUGAAUUAUACCCCGGUUGUAAGAAAUUCUCAACGCUUUCGUUUGUUGUGAAGUUAUGACACUUGAAAGUGUACAAUCAAUGGAGUAAUAAAUCAUUAGAUAUGUUGUUGGAGUUGCUUAAAGAGUCAUUGCGUACUAAUGAGACACUUCUGAAGUCAUAUUAUGAUGCUAAAAACAUGUUGCUGGGUUUAGGAUUAGGAUAUAUUUUGAUCCAUGCCUGCAAAAAUGAUUGUGUAUUGUACUGGGCUGAACAUAUAGAUAGGAAGGAGUGUCCACAUUGUGGUACUUCCACGUGGAAAUUGAUAAUGGAAGGAAUAAGAAGAUUCCCCAUGAAUUUAUGCGGUAUUUUCCAUUAAAACCUAGUCUUCAAAGAUUGUUUAUCUCUAGAGAAAAAAAGUGCGGACAUGAGGUGGCAUAAAGAAAAACAUCUUGAUGAGGAAAAUGUGUUGAGGCAUCCCGCUGAUUCUGAAGCAUGGAAAGAGUUUGACAAAAUCAUGAGUGGUUUUCACAAGAACCUAGUAAUAUUAGACUUGGUCUUGCAGCGGGUGGUUUUAGCCCAUUUGGUAACAUGAGCACAUCAUAUAGCAUGUGGUCUGUCAUUCUUGCUCCUUAUAAUCUACCUCCUUGGAAAUGUUUUAAGGACCCAUUUAUGAUAAUGUCAUUGCUUAUUCCUGGUUCUCAAGCACCAGGAAAAGAUAUUGAUGUUUAUUUGCGUCCUUUGAUUGAUGAGCUGAAAGAGUUAUGGAGUGAUGGUGUAGAGACAUUUGAUUCAUCAACUGGAAAGUGCUUUAAGAUGCAUGCGGCUGUUUUACGGACCAUAAAUGACUUUCCAGCUUAUGGUAAUCUUUCUGGAUGGAGCACAAAGGGAUACAUGGCAUGUCCUACUUGCAAUAAGGAUGCAUCUUCACAAAAGAUAAGAAGUAAAAUUUGUUACAUGGGUCAUCAUCGGUAUCUUGACCCUAGUCACUCAUGGAGACGAAGCAAGAAAUUUGAUGAGAACAUAAAGAAGAAUUGUUGAAACAAGUUUUGAAUGUAGACGA